GCCCAGGCCUGGACCUGUGCAUAGGCGCAAACUGGGCCUGUAUCCUGGGUGUUGGGUCCAGGCCCAGGGCUAAGCAGCUGACCGAGCCCAAGUGCAGGCUGGGGGCCUUUUUUAUGCUUUCUUUUUUUUCCCCUUCCCUUUCAAAGGCCAGGCUAUGCAUAGGCCCAGACUGGGUGUUCGGUCCAGGCCAAGGCCUAAGCCGCUGGCCGGGUCCAGUCACAAUGGCGACCUCCCUUGCCCCGAUGACUGAGACAUUUCCUGGAGGCGCCCGGGUUGUUCGUUAUUGAACGAGUCCAUGUUUUCGUGUUGAGGUUGUCGUCACAAAACAUGCGGCGCUCACGCCGAAGAAACGCUAUUGUCAUUGUAGCGAGCGGCGUUGGCGUUCUCCAUCGCACACACGCAACGUGUGCAUUCUUCGUUCUGGAGCCCGCGGAUGUUGCGCGCACAGUCCUGGCAUUCGUCGUACGGAAUGUGCUGCCGCAAGCAGAAUGGGACACGGAAACCGUGUGCCCCGAUGUCUUCGUCAUCCGUUCCCGCCGUCCCCGCCACUUGCGACACGUGGCACGACAUGAUGAUAAUGAUGAUGAUGGUGAUGACGACGAUGAUGGUGAUGUUGAUGCUGUUGAUGAUGUUCAUCAUGAUGAUGAUGUUGGUGAUGAUUAUGGUGGUGAUGUUGAUCUGGACGAUGAUGUUGCUAAUGAUGAUGACGAUGUUGAUGGUGACGAUGACAACGAUGACGACGAUGAUGAUGAUGAUGAUGAUGAUGACGAAGAUGAUGACGACGAUGAUGAUGAUGAUGAUGAUGAUGAUGAUGAUGAUGAUGAUGAUGAUGAUGAUGACGAAGAUGAUGACGACGAUGAUGACGAUGAUGAUGAUGAUGUUGAUGAUGACGAUGAUGACGAAGGCGACGAUGGUGGUGAUUUUGAUAACGGCAACGAUGCCGCUGAUGAUGAUGAUGAUGUUGAUGACGUUGACGAUGUUGAUGAUGAUGUUGAUGAUGAUGAUGAUGAUGAUGAUGAUGAUGAUGAUGAUGAUGAUGAUGAUGAUGACGAUGAUGAUGGUGGUGAGGAUGAUGGUGAUGAUGAUGAUGAUGAUGGCAAGCAAGAAUCAUGGGGCCGCUCGCGAGGAAAGAACGAGAGGGAAUCAAAGGGGCAUACAGAUACCAUGAUGUCUUCUUCAAAGGGCGAGGUGGAGCCAACGGGGACCUCCGGGAAGGCAUCGGGAAAAGAUUCCAUGAGGAGGUCGUCUACUGCCACGAAAGGGUGGUCGAACCAUGCAAAGUCGAAAUGGUUAAUCGGCUGGUGCUAUGGAGACGCUUCCAACCCCACUGCGCAGCCAUGUGGUCCUGUCAUCUUCGUCGAUGACGGCAGAAGGCGUCGAGUGCUUGGGGCCGUCUUGGGGUGGGAGGACGCGAAGGGGGGCCGACGACAUUUCCGUAUGGAAAAGGUUUAUGGCUCCAAAGGCAACGUCGCUGCCAAUUCGAAAGGGGUGUUGUUGGACCUCGAAUUGUGUGAGGGGUUCGGAGCGGGUGCUGUGGACACCCUGUUCUACAUGGAACUCGUUCUCGGGGGUGGUUUUGUUUUGGCGCGUGAGUUUUUCGACAUGCUGGAGGACAAGAACAUCGUUCUCGACGUCCCCUGCGACAUCGGCCCCUCCCUGGAGCUCUCGUUGCCGUUCAGGCUGUGCGGUGGUUGCGAGUCAAGUGGGGCGGCGACGGAGGGCGGUGAUCUGGGUUCUGGUCCAGCUACUCAGCUGCACCAUGGCGAGAGCCGGGGACAGUUCAACGACAGCGAGGACGAGGGGCCUGCAGCGCCAUUGAGGGACACGCACCGGUCUGUGUUGUCUAUUCCAGGGGUCGACAUUGGCGAUCCGGUUCAACGGGAGAGUGCGGAACCUACAGGAAAGGUGGCAGCCUCUUUGGAGGUCGCCUUGGAGGCAAGCGAGGGCGAGAGUGUGGAUGAGGUAACCGCGGGCGGCCUGGGCACGCAAGGCACUCCGCAAAAGAGGAGGGGGGAUCGCACAGACGAGUUCGUCGGUUCUACGAAGAAGCUGAAGAGCAAGGCCCCCAGGACUGCGGGAGAGAAACGCAAGGGGACCGAGGGGGAGCAGGGCCGACAGGAAGAGGUCGCGUACAACGUCCCUGUGGACCCGCCGACAAAGAAAGGCAAAAAGGAGAAAGAGGAGGGCGACUGGUUCGUUCAAGUGCCUGAGCCAGACGCACAUUGUUGGAAAGCGAUGGAGUCGCUGAUCGACAACGAGAAGUGCCGCGUCCUGAAGAAGGUUCUCGCUUGCGAGGUGGUUUGGGUCCAAGCCGGCUCCGCGGCGUUGGCGAAGCUCGGGAAGCUAAGCGUCCAAGACAUGGUUCAUUUGGUGAAGCGCGACCGGGUGCUGGUGCGUCUAUGGAACUACUACCAGUUCAAGCACGAGAAGAGGCCGGACGCCGAUUGGAGCCAGAGGUGCCCGUUCCUGAAAACAAGGUCCGCAAUUUUCAAACAGUUUGAGAGUCGUGGUUUGGAUGCAGAUUUGUGGGACGGUGUCGUCAAGCACGAGAAGAGGUCGGACGCGGAUUGGAGCCAGAGGUGCCCGUUCCUGAAAACAAGGUCCGCAAUUUUCAAACAGUUUGAGAGUCGUGAUUUGGAUGCAGAGUUGUGGGACGGGAGCAGGAAAUACGUCGCUGACUCCUCGUUGUUCAAGGACUGCCCGCCUUACAUGGGCUGCGACGACGACCAAUCCAUCGAGGCGACGGAGAAGUUGGCCGGUCACAAGAAGCUGUCCGUCGACUGGAGGAAUAAGGUYYUSUCCGUWUUGACUSGCAGUARACUKAAGAGUCGCGAGAUYRCRCUUGCCGAAGGAAUUGUGCACAUAAAAUGGAAGGACACGGGCGACGUGACAUCCAUCGCGCCAUUCGGCAACGACCCCUUGGAGGCAGACAUAAGGUGUGCGGAGGUAAAGGAGGCGGUGGUUGCCACAAAGAGUCACACGUUCGUUCUCGAUCUCUGCAAACCAGUGGACCUGAAGCUGUGGAAACCGCAAGCGUUCGACACUCUGGAUUCCCAGCUUCAGACGUGGUGUCCGUCGCAUUGGACACUCGUCGUUUUCGUCCCGCGGCAACAGAACCUCUCGUUUCUGGCCAGCAUGAACCACCUUUCUUUCGUGAAGCUGCUGGAAGGGAAGUGGGUGAGGAGGAGUCAACAGAAGAAAAGCUUCCCCAUCAGGAAUAAUUUGUACAUGGAAGACGACCGGAUGUACACACUCUUCAAAGGCGACGAUUUGUGCGCUAACACGUCCGUCGUCUACGAGGGGAAACUGUCGCCUGCCGCCGCUGCUACACUGCGGCUGCCGCAGAAGGUUACACAAACGGAUGUGUCCGACAUCCCGUUCAACCCUUGUGAUUGGUCGCAUGUCUCGCCUACGCAUCGGGGCAGUGUGUACGGGGACAUGGAACACAACCCCACGCAAUUCGUUAAUCUUCUCGAGUCCAUCACCAAGAAGGGGGAGGGUGUAGUCUUCCUCGGGAAGCCACACGCGCGAUCCGUGUGGGAACUGCUGAAGGGAGGACGGCACGUCAUCACAAUGGAAGGGAACUCCGAGCUCUUGCAAUUUACAAUUGAUCUCGUCAAAAGCGAGCGCGUGGAACAACAAGACGGACAUUGGUUCGAGUUGAGUGCGAGGAAGCGGAACAAGAUAUACGACUUCUUGUUCCUGCAAACGCGGUCCAAGAGAGACACUGACGCCGAGUGCGUGUGCCGCAAGGACCACAUGUUCACGCUGCUCGACAACUACCACGACGCCUCCCGCAUGAACGCAAAGACCUUCCUCGAGAGGUUGCAGUCCCUGUACUUCGUGGAGUCAGAGGAGGAGUUUACGUUCGGCAGUUACUUCUCCUUGAUCUCCAUGGAAGACAAGGAGACCACCGACAUCGAGUUCGACGCGACCGUGAACGAGGAGGGCAGCGACACCGGAAGCCUCGACCUGCAGUACGACCCGCAUCCCGGGCAGCACACAACAGGGUCGUCCUUCGCAUGUCCAUCAACAAGCCCGACAUCCCUCGUUUCACCAAUGGCGAAAGCGGCGCCUGGCACUACCCCGAUGAAGUUGCUGCAGAGAAUGCAAGCUAUGGCCUCCGGCUAUUGCUCACUGUGUCCCGGGUCUGACAUCCCGGCCGAUCAUCUGUCUUGGAAGGAUGCCAACAUUCACUUCCUGCCUGAGCCUCAAAGUCGUUCCACGGAGGCGGACUGGGGCCAUGACAUGAUUUGGCAUCCAGGAGUCAUCCAGCCGGCGAUCCAAAAGGCUGAGUGGAGCGAUCCAAAAGGUGUGCGUAUUGACAUCGAAGAAGUUAUCGACGACAUCCUGGGCGACCACCACAUGUCCGCGCAGCCGUCCUCGACGCCUGGUGUCGACGACCCUCUCGACGUUAAAGCUUCCGGGGGAUCUGUCAUGGCUUUGUCGCCAACGAACUCUUCGAUGCUGUCGCCGACCAUCGCCAGCGGAGGAGAAGGCGAGAUCAGGGGACGACAAGAUGUCACAUCCCCGAAAAAAACUGUUGUCGGCACUCGGGCUCUCGACGUGCUGGCCUUGCCCGCGCCAACUUCCCCGAUUAAGGAGCGGAGAGACAAACCAGCUGUGCGGGCCACGACACCUGGAACAGCAGUGACUGCGAUUGGAAGCGUGCGGGUUUUGGACGACAUUGAACGAGGCUUGGUGCCACCUGACACUGUACUCUCGACGGCGAUGGCUGAACGCACGGGACCGGCAGCAGCAGAAAGAAAGGAGCAAGCAAGUAGGAAGCGUGAGGAAGAAGAGAAUAGGGCGACUCGGGAAAAGGAACGAAAGGAGCUGGAAGAGGCCAUAGGAGCUCAGAUGGAGGCAAAAUUUAAGAGUAUGUACGAGAUUUACUUUGGAAGGAGGAAGGAGGAGGAAGGCGCGAUUGACAGAUUGAAGAAGCAAGUAGAGCAGCUGCAGGCGGCGUCAACUAGCGAAGGUAAGUCGGCGAUGCAGGGAGGGCCGGACGGGGAGAUUGCGAGGAAGCAGCCGGAGGAUUUGCGUAGGCGAGAGGGAGAAUUGUUAAAGACGCCGGUAGGUCCGCAUUUACGGACUAGGGGUACGUGUUGCCAGCAGAGAUACACGGAAACUACAGAGGCAGCAAUAGGGGCUGGUGAUCAGGUAACGAGACUAAGGCAGGAGUUGGAUGAGCUACGACGGGAGGCAGAGCUGGGGAGGAAUGAGCUAGAAAAGAGGGCCAAAAGAGGCUGGAACUGCUAGCCUUGGAAAAUGAGCAACUAAGGAAGCGAACAGAGAGGGCCGAUCAGGAGGUGCUGAUCUGGAAAGGCGAAGCCCUACGAC